AUGGCGAGGCUGAAUGAUGAAGGUGAGCCCGACUCGGCAAUUUAUGCCUCAGAUUAUAUCUUAAGCCCCCAGCCUCGUGCCCCUCCCAGCAAGGAGCAUUUACUCGCUUCUUUCGAGACAUCCCACCUGCCAAUCGAGAACGGAUCGACAAUCGAUGAUAGCCAGAUGUGCACGCAAGAUUAUGAGUAUAGUUCUUCCUCUUCCUCUGCCCGGCAUUCGACGAGCGAUAUCUUCGGUCGCGAGAUCGACGACGAGCUGGAACAGAUGAAGUCGAGGGCAUCGAGUCGCUCAUCUCUGUCCUCUGUUCCGGCUUCUGUGCUCAUACACCCAAAGCCAAUGUCUGCAAUGUCUUUACAUGAUAGAAUCGCUGGAUAUGACUUGGAAGAGGACGAAGAGAGCUUUGGAGGUUUCGAAGGACCACCGAAGUCGAUACGGACCAUCCGCCAGCGUGAGGGAGCUUUCCGGAAACCGAGCUCCGUUCGUGCUAUGCAGAUGCACACGGAGGAUGAGGCAGAUGAGGACGAUUACCUGACACCACCGAGACGACGAGGAGGCAUGCGGUCGCCAGGCUCUUCAUCGCUUAAACGAUCGCCCUACUAUUCGCCCAGCUCGUCGCACAGCAAACUCAGGCCUAAGGUUCAAAAGGAAUACCCACUGGUUCUUUUGCACUGCAACUUGCUUGCGCCAUCUCUUCCAGUACCCGGAGCAGCGCUUCCACAGAACCAGAAGCUACUCGAGGAAGUACUACCGCCUGAGUACUGGAAGCGAUGGAGACGACUCCAGGACAAAGUUGGAUCUGGUGUACUCCGCGACCGAGGAGUUCUGAUCUCCCACCCGGAGGACCUCUACGACAUGCUAGAAGAACGACUUCUAGAAAGCCUUGAAUUGCAACGUUCACGACUGCAUCAAGGCCACUUCGUCGGCCAUGAAGAAAGUGGAACUGGGUCUGAAAGUGAACUCUCCGACCAAGGCGAGAGCGAGACAGAUGGCGAACAAGAUGAAGAAUGCCCCGAUUGUGGUGGACGUGUACGACAUGGCGACAGUAACCGCAAGUGGGAGAUAAAGGUAUUUGCUGCGAAUGGGCUGAUGCGUGCUGGCGCUUGGGCUGCAGCUUGGAAGGAGAUGGAGAAGGUUGAUGUCGAAGUUGGGCUGUGGUUGCCAUCUGAAGUAAGGCGCUCCUUGGAGAAGAUUCUUGCGGAAGAGAAUGCAGCCAACGCCAUCGCGGAACUACAUGUGUCGUCGCCCAUUGACCCGACUUCGCACUUUGUUAUGGACCCACGCCGGUUAUCUGUCCAGAGACACGCGAGGACUGUCAGCGACGCAGGGUCAUUCCAAGCCAGUGUAUCAGCCUCAGCACCCCUGCCAAACAUGCCUGAAAUGAACUUCUCGCAAACUGGGGUCGAGAAGAAAGAGCACGAAGUUGCUCUUCAGACUCUUCUGAUUAACUAUAUCUGUGUACUUGCCAGUGACAGACGCAAUAUCGCUUUGGUCUUCAUGAGUAUUUUGGCGGUGUUUCUUGCUAUUGGGGCUCGUUCUCAGGAGUUACUGGUUCAACCUUCUUUCUACCCAUUUCCUCCUGAGAUGGCCGAGUCUCCUGUGAUUCAAACAACCAUCAAUGCACCCUCUCCUUCUAUUGUCUCCUCAAGCACAGCGAUGGUCAAAAGCCUUGAGACACCGGUCGAGUUUUCUUCAAUUCCGGUUUCUGAAGCUUUUAUUCCAACUUCAGUUGAGAAAGUUCCUAUGUCAUCUAUCCUCGGCGGGCGUGAGAUAGAGCCGGUUGAGUUCACUGGUGCCACCGUGACUACCGAGAAUGCCGAGCCAACAGAGACUGCUGAACCUACCGAGGUAGUUGAACCUACUGAGACGGCCGAGUUUAAUGAAACAGCCAAAUCCGCCGAUUCAACCGAGUCCAUUGAGCCUGCUGAGACUGCUGAGACUAUUGAGCCCGGUGUACCUACUACUGAGAUCGCCGACCCUAUUGAGACUGAGGUGCAGCCAAUUGAGCCAGAAGCAGAAACCGAAUCUGCAUCCGAGCCAGAAGCAACGUUUGAAACAACAAACGAGAAGGUCGACAUUCCGGCGAUGGACAAAUUCGAAGAUCAUCACAACGAAUUGGAACCACUCGAUGAGCCCAACGAGGAGGAGCUCUGA